AUGUUGAAGAGUGAUGCAGAAAAGAUUGGGAGCCCCAGGCUUGGGGAUGAGGCCAGGGCCGUGAAAAGUCCUGUUCUAAAGGAGAAAGGACCCUCUGGUCUCUACUUGGCCAGUCUAAGCAGCUAUCACCUGGACUGCCUCUCUGGAGGCUGGCGUGCAGCGCGCACAAGUGGCGGCUAUCGGGCAGGCGGGGCCCGGAGGGUGACGUCACGGGCUCGGGUCCCGGCGGCAGAAAUACGAUGGCCGCGGCGGCUGUGGCUCAGAGGGCUGGAGCCGAGGCAGCCUCCAGCGCGCCCGGGAGUCGCCGACAGCCGAGGAGAACGGCCGGAAGACGCGGGGCCGGGUCGCCGCCGCCGCCACCGCCACGAGCUCGCCCGCCCGCCCGCCCGAGUCCAGCCACCAGGUCUUUCCCUCGGCCCGGGCCGCCGCAGACUCAACAAAAUGAAGCCAGAAUAUUUUUGGCUGCAUCUUGCACUGCUUGGGGCCUUGCUGCCAGCUGUGCUGGGAUGGAUGGACCCAGGAACCAGCAGAGGCCUGAACAUGGGUGUGGGGGAGUCGCAGGCAGAGGAAGCCAGAAGCUUUGAAGUCCCAAGAAGGCGAGGUCACAAAAAGCUAAGAAAUGAGUCUACAGCAUGAAGCAUGAAAGGAAGGGCCACUGGAACAUUUCCCUGUCUUGCCUGGAUAGCCAUAUGACUGCUGCUCAUGCUCUUCUGGGGUAUCUUGUCUCUGAACAAGUUCCCCAUGAUCCAGCCUCGUACACUCCACUGAGGUAACAUCUAGUCACCGUUUAACACUGAGAUUUUUGGAUAUUAAUAUGACAGAAAAAUAUAUAUAUAUUGAGUAAUUGAAUCAAUAAAUGAGUUUGACUAUUUGCUUUCUUCCUUUGUCUAAAAAUUAUAAACUUCAAAAUCUAG